UGGUACCGCAUAUUGGAUCUUUAUCUUGAUUGUCUGAAUGCAAGUAACUACAGGUUUGAUAGGAAAGGAACAGAAUUAACUAACUUGUGGUAUUUACCUGAGCCAAGGACUUAAUUUUUUCCCCUUCUGAAUUUUGCCUCCGCAUCUUUCUGGUCAGGCAGAAAUAUAUAAAGACACUGCAUGUAAAACAAAAUCUGUUCCUCUUUCCCACCUGGAAGGAUAUCGAGACAAUACAAUUCCAAGUAGAACAGGGCCUGCACUAAAGAAAUUGCUGAACGCUUUCUUCUGAUAUUAAAUGUGUUGGGAAAUGCUGGGUGUGGUUUUGAUGCAUUUCCUGAGUGUAUGGACUAGUCAUCUGCAUGUGGGUGGAGAGACAAGAGGUUCUAGUUUCAGCCCUAACCAACUAUCCUAAGAACCACCCAUCAUUUCGGAGAUGUUGCCUGUCAUGACUGGGGGCUUAUCUGAAACUAAGCCUGCUACUCCAGAAGUCCAGCAUAUUGUUGACCAGGUGAAGCCACAAUUUGAAAGCAGAGAAAACAGAACGUAUAGCACCUUCCAAGCCAUAGUAUAUAGGACUCAGGUGGUUGCUGGAAUAAACUACUUCAUUAAGGUCCAAGAUUCUGAAUCAGAUACUGGCUACGCCCACUUAAGGGUGUUCCAAGCCCUUCCUCAUGAGAACCAAGGUCCCAGCCUUGUCAGUUAUGAAACUGGCAAAACCAGAGAUGAUCCUCUGGAGUACUUCUGAGAGAUGGUGGGGAAUGUUUCCCGACUUCUGCAAGUUGCACGGUGAUUCUGCCUCUGUCAGUAAAUGCAUGAGAAUAAAAUAAGUUUUGAAAGCUGU